AGAAGAGAAAAUGCCAAAAGAAGAAGCCAAGAGAAGAAGAAGACGCAAGCUGUAAAUCUCUACAUAGUGAAAAAUCGCGUUUUCUAUACAAUUUAACUGCAAAAAAUAUUAAAUUUUCUGUAAAAAGAAAAUUACUUGGCUAGCAAUAUAAGGGAGGUAAUUCUCAUCAAAACGAAAUAACUUUAAGUUAGUAGUUGCGAAACAUUUUUUAAACUAAAGGGACAAACAAAUAUAUAAAUAAGCGCAAUGGCUGAUGUUGUAAAUGAGCCUGAACCUGAAGCUGAGUACUCCGUGGAACGAAUUGAAGAUAAACGCAUUAUAAAUGGCAAGACUGAAUAUUAUCUGAAGUGGAAGGGAUAUCCACGCAGUGAAAACACAUGGGAGCCGGUGGAAAACCUUGAUUGUCCUGAUUUAAUUGCAGCCUAUGAAGAAUCAAUAAAACCUAAAAAAGCGGAAGCCAAGAAACGACCUACGACGGCACCCAACAACGAAGCCAAGACUAAAAGAAAGGCAGCUGAAGAUGAGAAGGACACCAGAAAGACGGUGGGUUUUGAUCGUGGUCUAGAACCAUCAAAAAUCUUGGGUGCUACCGAUUCUUCGGGUGAACUUAUGUUCCUGAUGAAAUGGAAGGGUAGCGAUGAAGCUGAUUUGGUACCCGCUAAACAGGCCAAUGUCAGAUGCCCCCAGGUUGUCAUACAGUUCUAUGAAGAGCGACUAACUUGGCAUACGCCCUCUGCCGAUGAGGAUAAAACUAUUACUGCCAGCAAGGAGAAUGCAGCCGCUGAUUAGAUUUAUGCUCAAAACCUUUAUCCAGCGAAGCGCAACUCCCGUAAUUUAGUUUUUUAAGAUUCGUUAUAAGUGCAACAACAAUGACUUGGAGUACUAACACCACAAAAAUAAACAGCAGUGACCAUUAAAUUCACCACAACAACAAAAUAACAAAUUAAAACAAAUUUGAAUUUUUAAUUUUUUUUUUUAAUACUUAAUUUUAAUUACUAGUACUGAGUAUUUCAUUUUCCUUAACAUUUUAAAUGGGUUUUUUUAUACUUACAUUCAUACUUAUUGUUUUUUGAUCGAUUAAAAAUAUUUUGCAAUCAUUAUGUUGGCAUAUAAAAGAAGGAAAUAAAAUUUAAAUGAACAAGUCAAGACAUGGACAUACUAUAGAUUUGUCGCUUCUGUAAAUGAUUAAAUCUAAGUAAUAAUAUUUCUUCAAGCUAUUUCUCUUUUUGUGUAUUUCCCAAAACAUGAAUAAAAUUAAACAAAACAUA